CGCGCGUCACGAGCUAUCCCUUCGGCGGUUGGAGACUGGGCGGGCCUGACGUUCGUCUCCGCUGGCGUCCGAGUUGGCCCCGUGGGAGGCGGCGCCCGCAGCUGUCCCCCGUCGACGCAUGAGCUAGGCCCGUCUCGAGGACGUCGGGAGGGCCGCCCAAAUUGCCUGACGCGAGAGUCGGUCGCUGCAAGCAAAUUGGGAGGGGAUCGUGCCAAGGACUGUCCCGAAACCUACGUGCCUCGGGCUUGCUAUGUGUGGCGCUCCGACUCUGGAGCAGCAGAAACGACCUGAGUUCGCAACAGGCACCGCUCUCUGAGUGAGCAAAAUCAGCCCGCCGCUCUUUCGACCACCGCCCAACCUUCAAGAUGGCCGACGCUGCGCCCCCCGCGGCCGCUCCCGCCGAAGCCGGGAGCGCUACACCCCCUGAGGCCGCAGGCGCUGCGCCACCGCCUCCGCCCCCUCCCCCGGGUGACGCAGCUCCUCCCCCAGCCGACGCAGCUGGUGCCGAGCCAGCCCCACCAGCUGCCCCAACUGCACCUUCGCCCAGCCAAACCCCGCCGCAAGGUGUCGCACAACCAGCUGCUGCCCCACCAGCUGCUGCCCCACCAGCUGCACCAACUGCACCUUCGCCCAGCCAAACCCCGCCGCAAGGUAUCGCCGCACCAGCUGCCGCCCCACCAGCUGCACCAACUGCACCUUUGCCCAGCCAAACCCCGCCGCAAGGUAUCGCCCCGCCAGUUGCCGCCCCACCAGCUGCACCAAUGCCGCCAGCCGCCGCACCGGCGCCUCCUGCACCGCAAGCUUUCACACCCCAGCCUGCCGCGCCGCCGAGGCCACCGCAACAGCCGCCUCCUGCGGCACCAAAGCAGUACACCGUCCAGACACCUUGCCAGGUGCCUGGGACGUGCGCCGUGGCGACGGUCAAGAGCGCACCUUCAGAAUCGCUCAAGAGGGAGUACGUUACAGCAGUGAAGGCGUACGAGCAGCAAGUGGGCGCCAACAUCGUGCGCGGCAAGAUGUUUAUUGAGAGCUUACCCACCUCGGACCGGGCAGCGAGCCGCAGCGUUUCCCCUACAGGAAUGCUACCCGGGAUGGUUCCGGGAAUGGUUCCGGGCAUGGCACCGGGCAUGGUACCGGGCAUGGUACCGGGCAUGGCACAGCCGGGAAUGGAGUGCGGCUACAACAUGGCAAUGGGCAUGGGACCCGGUGGUCCCUGCGGAUACGGCCAGCAGAUGCCUAUGGGUGGUGGCUACGGCGCCUCGCCGUUGGGCGUACAGCGAAGCCGCGAUGAGUUCAAGAAUAUGAUGAACACUGGCACGGGAGUGGAUUUCGCCCGGUUGGCUGACAUGGGACCCGAAGUUCGGAGGCUGCUGGAUAUGGGCACUCAGAUUGACCAGAUCAUGGAAGUCGCCCGGAAGGCCGAAGGGUCCCCGAUAAUCAUGACUUCGGGUCCCCCAGGAGGGUAUGACGGCCCCGCACCGGGCUUCGGAGGGCCACAACCAAUGAUGGUGGGUGGCGGUUAUGAUAGGCCCAUGCCUGGCGGCUUCGGUGGCCCUAUGAUGCCGCCCUACAACGCGCCGAUGCCUGGCAUGGCGAGCGCCUACAGCUCGGAACGUUUCCCGCGGGAUUACGGCAGGCCUGACAUGGGCCCGCGGAUGGCGGGUUCCGCUGGAUGGCCGAGGGAUGACCCGAGGGACUACGGAAGGCGAGCCAUGUCGAGAGAGAAUACCAGAUCUCACAGGGACGACUACACCGAGGACAGCAAACCGACGACCAAACGAUCUAUGAGCAGGGCUUCAGACCUGUUACAUAAGAUAAAGGAGGACAUCGACGAACAUUGCGCCGAGACAGUGUUGGAGAAGAUUCGCCGAGACGUCGUGGCCAUGGACGUCGACGAUGACGGAGGCCGUCCGACAGCCAGGAGGAACAGUCUGCCGCCGGAGAGGAGGAUGACGCCGUCGCGCACCAUUCAAAGGCAGUACGACGACCACCACGACGGCGAGGAGAGGCGGUCGCCGAGGCCGAGGCGAAGACAGUCCCGACACCACAAGUCCUCGUCGUCUUCGUCUUCGUCCUCUUCCUCUCACGGCAAGCCUCACAAAAGGCGGUCGCACAAGUCCAAGGACAGCAAAGGCAAGCACCACAAGUCGAAAGGAAAGAAGAGGAGGGGAUCUCUGCCAGCAAAGAACGGUUCGUCGUCGUCCUCUUCGUCUUCUUCUUCUUCGUCCUCGGGACGUCGCUCGCCCAGGAACAAAGGCGGCAAGUCUAUAGAGUUCGUCAGGAAUAUCACCGAGCGGCUCAGCUCGGAGUCCGCCGAGGGAGACCCGACGGCGGGUCUGGACGAGUUUCGCCAGAAGUACAUGAUGAUCGCGAGACCCGGAAGCCGCGUGAUGAUGAACGAGCCCGGUGUCGGCAGGUCGGGAUGUCCCGUCCUCAAUGCGAUGGGCGUUGGCUCCCGAGAGAAAGGAGUGCUGCGGAGCCAGUCGAGGUCGUUCGGAGGCAGUGUCUACAAGUACGGCCCGCCGCCCGUAGAUGAGGGCGUAAAGCAUCGGAUGUCGUCGGGUGGCGCGGUGUACCGAUACGAGAGCCAGCCGUCGGGUUUCAAGCGGGAGUAAAAAUGUUUGGACACUCGGACGAUCCCCCAGAUUUGUCCCGAUUGGACGACAGAAUCGCCAGCUGCCUCUGUGAUCGUAUCUUCCCUGACUCCAAGAACAAAUUCAAAGGACUCAUGCGGGCACAAUGACAAUGGCCGGGUGUCAGCAAUGGAGCGAGACGGCGAGCGUCGGAGCCGACGCCAUGCGUCCACCGUCUAGACGCGGAUACCAGCGUCUACUUCCUCGUUGAAGUAGCGCAUACUUGGGCAAUACGGGUUUUUCGGCGCUUGCUGCUCACUUGAAACAUGCAUGUUGAAGAAAAAAUACAAAAUUUUC